AUGUUCGAUGUCAAUGAGGGCAAUAGCAGAUCCGUUGCAGAGAUUCUCCGCAGGGGGUGCGAGGUUGGGGAGGAGUGGAGAUGCAGGAGAGUGGAUCUUGAAAACUCUUCUACACCGGCUCUGGUUGUUCCGACACCAUGUGAAGAUAGCUUUUACAAGAGUCACAAAUCUUCUUUCAUCUCACACUGCAACUACUAUUAUAUACUGUUAAAUAUCAAACAAAUUGGUGAGGAGCUUGCAAGGACCUUAGCAGCUAGAGUUGGAUGGAAGGUGUAUGGCAUAGCUCGUAAAGCUGAUGAACUCCAAAUUCCAAGUUCUAACUAUCAGUUCAUCUCAUGUGACCUCUUAGACCCAAUUCAAACUACAGAGAAGGUCUCUUUGCUUGAAGAUGUAACUCAUGUGUAUUGGAUCACUUGGGCAAGCCAAUACCCAUUGGAUUCCCCUGAGUGUUGUGAACAGAACAAAGCUAUGAUGUCCAAUGCUUUGAAUGCUAUUCUCCCUAAAGCCAAAGCAUUGAAACAUGUCUCUCUUCAAACUGGAGGUAAGCACUAUCUCUCUCUUACUAGCCCUUCUAAUAGUAAACCAAUUCUUUACUAUGAAGAUAGCCCAAGAGUUGAUCAAGGUCACAUCUUCUACUACAUUCUUGAGGAUUUGUUGAUGGAGAAACUUGAAGGGAUGAUGGCUUGGUCAGUUCACAGACCAGGAUUGCUUAUUGGGAUUUCUAAUAGAACUUAUUAUAACUUCAUAGGUGGGCUUUGUGUCUAUGCUUCAAUAUGUAAAUAUCUUAACCUUCCCUUCUUAUUUGGAGGUUCAAAAGAGUGUUGGGAAGAAGUUUAUAUUGAUGGUGCAGAUGCAAGGCUUGUUGCUGAACAACAUAUUUGGGCAUCAACAAAUAAAAAUAUCUCAUCUACUAAAGGUCAAGCAUUUAAUGUCACGAAUGGUCCAAGCUUCACUUGCUUUAUAUCGCUGCAACCAGUAAGGCAAGUUGGUUGGACCCUUGACCAUGUCUUUGGAAUUGCAAGAGCUAAGAAGAGAGGAAGAUGGGUUUUGCUGGCCUGA